ACCUGGUCAAGAGCGUCGGAUGGGGUGAGGCUGAAGAGAAGAUCCUCGGAAUGCGUUGGCAAGUAGCAACAGAUGACUUCAGAUUCAACGUGGAGUAUCAUCGAGUGCCAAGCAGCGUCCUGAGUGGAGACCGAGUCCCUACGAAGAGGGAAUACUUGAGCCUGGUGAUGUCUACGUUUGAUCCCCUGGGAUUCCUGUGCUGCCUCAUGGUUACAGCGAAGCUGCUGCUGCGAGAGAUUUGGAGGCAGAAGAUCCAGUGGGACGAACCACUACCGGAGGAAUUAAGCAAAGCCUUUGCGAUUUGGCGCAAAGAGAUGGACGCCGUGGGACAGUUCCGAUGUCCGCGCCAUUAUUUUGGGCGUGGAGCAGUCCGGGCCGUAGAGUUGCACGUCUUCGUGGAUGCUAGUCAGGCAGCAUUCGCGGCGGUGGCCUAUUGGAGGGUCACGUAUGAGGACGACGACGUACAGGUGAGCUUCGUGAGUGCGAAGACGAAGUGUGCCCCAAUGAGAACGAUGACGAUCCCACGGCUGGAGCUACAGGCAGCAGUUCUUGGAACCAGGCUGAUGAACACUGUCAAGGAGGAGCACAGUGUGGUCAUCACGGACCUGGUGUUAUGGACGGACUCUAAGACGGUGCUGAGAUGGAUCGGCAGCACCCACCGCCGGUAUAAGCAGUUUGUUGGCAACCGAGUGGCGGAGAUUUUGGAGUCGUCGAAGGUUUCCCAAUGGAGAUGGGUGCCUACAACCGAUAAUGCGGCUGAUGAUGCGACGCGGUCGCAGAAAGGAGUCGACCUUAGCCAGGAAUCAAGGUGGCUAAGAGGACCUGCAUUUUUGAGACAGCCAGCAGCCAGCUGGCCGGGGCCUGAGGAAGGAACUGAGCGUGCUCCAGAUGCCCAUGAUGAAGAAGAGAUGCCCAGUGAGUUUGCAUUAGUUAUGGCAGACGAAUUUGUUAUUCCGUUUCAGAGAUUCUCGAGCUUCAGUCGCCUGGUGAGGACCACAGCCUGGGUCCUACGGUUUGCGCGCUGGUGCCGCAAACAGCGAAACGAGCUCGAGGAAUACGGCCUUACUGCAGCAGAAUGUAAGGCCGCGGAGAACCUGUUGGUCAGACAGGCACAAUUGGAGUCUUUCCCCGACGAGAUGAGGUCGGCGGAAACUGGACAGGACGUCGGUAGAUCGAGCGACAUUCGAGGGUUGGUGCCCUACCUAGACGAGGACGGGAUUCUGCGAGCUUACGGCAGAAUUGAUGCCGCACUGUGCAUGCCGUACAGUGCGAGGAGGCCCGUAUUACUGUCACACAGGCACAGUCUGACAGAGCUGAUUGUGAGAGACUUCCACGCCAGGAUGAAGCAUCAAAAUGUGGAUGCUACGAUUGCGGAGAUCCGGACAAAGUUCUGGGUCACAAAGAUGAGGCGUGUGAUGCGGAGAGUCAUCUCAUCGUGCAACGAGUGCAAGUUGCAGCGAGCGCGGCCGAUGCCGCCGAUAAUGGGACCCCAUCCGGAAGACAGACUGGAUGCGGGUGGAUGGCCAUUCAAAUACACAGGACUGGACUACUUUGGGCCACUGCUGGUGACUGUGUCCCGUCACAAGGAGAAGCGUUGGGUCGCCUUGUUUACGUGUUUGACGACAAGGGCGAUUCACCUGGAGCUGGCGCAUGACCUGUCGACGGAUUCCUGCAUAAUUGCGAUCAGGAACUUCGUCUGUCGUAGAGGGCCAGUAUAUAGACUGCGCAGCGAUAACGGCAAGAACUUCGUGGGAGCUGACAGGGAAGCCAGGCGCUUUGGUGACGUAUUCGAGAUGGAGAAGAUUCAGAGUGAGUUGUCAAGCAGAAGCAUUGAAUGGGUUUUUAAUUGUCCAGCGAACCCGUCUGAGGGCGGAGUUUGGGAGCGCAUGGUGCAGUGCGUCAAGAGAGUACUGCGUCAUACCCUGAAGGAAGUUGCGCCGAGGGACCAUGUAUUGGAGAGUUUCCUGAUUGAGGCGGAGAAUAUUGUAAACUCGCGUCCGCUCACCCACUUGCCUGUGGAUGCGGACCAGGAGGCGCCGUUGACGCCAAACGAUCUACUCAAGGGAGUAGCCAAUCUGCCGGAUACGCCUGGAUUGGAUGCGGAGCUGCCCAAGGAGGGUUCUACGAGGAAGCAGUGGAGGAUUGCUCGCCUGCUACGAGACCGUUUCUGGAGGAGGUGGGUCAUGGAGUACCUGCCUACGCUUGUGCGCCGCGAGAAGUGGUGCCGCCGAACGGAGCCCAUCCACCAGGGUGAUAUGGUCUUCGUCUGUGAUCCUGCCUUGGCCCGACGAGAGUGGCGCAAGGGCAUCGUGGAGGAGAUCUACAGCGGAGCUGAUGGAGUCGUCAGACGCGCUAAGGUGCGCGUGAACGACAACGGCCUAUCUAGGACAAUGAUGCGACCCGUCUCUAAACUUGCAGUUUUGGAUUUGAGUGAAGCGGUUCUUCACGGGGUCGGGGAUGUCGCGGAUCGAAUAUUGUUAUCGAUAGGCUAGUUAGUAUUUUGAGAAGUCCGAAUGUGGAAAGAUUUGUAAGCCCAUAUGUGUCUGGGCACAUUGUUAUUAGCCAUUGUAAAUUGCCGGGAAAAUAUAGCUUUUCAUUGUCGUGUAAAAGUUGGAGGACACACUGCGAAUAAAACGUGUUCUACUACCACGGAUUAGUCUGCCCUUUCUUUCGGGAAUCAAUGCGUGGAGUAGCCGUUUAAGGCAACUCCAUUUGACGCACGAC